AUGACUGAACCUGAUGCCUAUGGAGUCUACCGUGUCUACUCCACUCAGCCGACAUACGAUCCUCAUGACUUGUUCGGUCUCGAGGACACCUGCGAAGCCCUCACCUUGACAGCCACAGCAGAUAACAGCAGCCGAUGGUGGACAGGCUUUGGGUCUGCACUUGCUAUGAUAGAAGAGUUCUUUGCCCCAUUCCUAAAUGCGACAGUCUUUCAUCUCAUGAAGUGGUUCUACAAUGGCAAUGACCGCAAGUCACUCAGUAACCUAGACAGCCUUGUACAGGAUGUAAUUCAGGCUCCUGACUUCUGUAGCGAGGACCUUGCAACAUUUCGAGUGACACGCAAGGCCCAUGAUGACACCACCCCCGAGUACACCAUUGGAGGCAUGUUCUAUUGCAAACUGCUCGAGUUCUGGCAGCCAUCCUCUGACUCGCCCCCAGAGCGUCUAUAUGGGGAGCUAUACACUGCAGAUGCGAUGAUUGCUGAACAAAAGAAACUUGAGUCUCAAUGUUCAGAGCCAGAUGACAUUGAGCCAGUCAUAGCAGCCAUCAUGCUCUACUCAGACUCGACACACUUGGCCAAUUUUGGCACCGCUUCUUUGUGGCCGAUGUAUGCAUUCAUCGGCAAUCAGUCCAAGUACAUCAGUGCCAAGCCCACGUCUUUUGUGGCACAUCAUCUCGCAUAUAUUCCCAAGUUACCAGAUACCAUUCAAGAAUUUUACCAGGCAGUCUAUAACACAGUCACCUCGGUAGCAACUCUGGUUCAUUGCAAGUGUGAGUUGAUGCAAGUGAUCAUAGCAUUGCUCCUUGACGAGGAGUUUAUGCAUGCAUAUGAGUAUGGUAUUCUCAUGGAAUUUGCAGACGGAAUAAUGCACUGA